AUGAUUUUUCAUGUUAUCGUGCUUCUGUUUUUUAUUGGAGCUGCAAAGGCACAGGCUGAAAUUUCAAAUACCACUCCUGGGACAAUAUAUAAUGUGACUGUUUCUUCGGUUUCCUCUUCAGUGUAUAGUUUACCUGUCAGCAGAACAGUAACAACUAAUGUAACUAAUCCAGGACCUCCUGUUUUCCUAGCUGGGGAAAAAGUUGGAUCUGCAGGAAUUCUCCUUUCAUGGAAUAUACCACAUUUCCCAAAUGGGAGAAUUAUAUCCUACAUAGUUAAAUAUAAAGAGGUUUGUCCUUGGAUGCAAAAUAUUUACACCCAAGUUACAACAAAACCAGAUAGUUUGGAAGUUCUACUAACCAACCUUAACCCUGGAACAACUUAUGAAAUUCAGGUUGCUGCUGAAAAUAGUGCUGGCAUUGGAAUAUUUAGUGAGCCAUUUCUCUUUCAAACUGCAGAAAGUGCACCUGGUAAAGUGGUAAAUCUCACAGUUGAAGCUUUCAACCACUCAGCUGUAAAUCUGAUUUGGUUCUUGCCACAACAGCCAAAUGGGAAAAUAACUAGUUUCAAAAUCAGUGUAAAGCACGCAAGAAGUGGAAUAAUAGUGAAGGAUGUUUCUGUUAAAGUGGAAGACCUUUUGUCUGGCAGGUUACCAGAAUGCAAUGAUAACAGUGAAUCAUUUUUAUGGAGUACUACCACUCCUUCAACUACAUCUAGUAAAACCACUAUGUUUAUCUCAAGUACAGUUGUUCCCAAGGCAAUGAGUUCAGUUUGGAAUGAACCUGUCAGUUUUGUCGUGACUAAUCUUAGGCCAUACACAACUUAUCUUUUUGAAGUUUCAGCAGUAACCACUGAAGCAGGUUAUAUUGACAGUGCAAUUGUCAGGACACCAGAAUCAGUUCCAGAAGAUCCUCCUCAAAAUCUUGUCACGGGAAAUGUUACAGGAAAAUCUUUCUCAAUUUCAUGGGAGCCACCAAACAUUGUUACUGGAAAGUUUACUUACAAAGUGGAAUUAUAUGGACAAACUGUUCGUAUUUUGGAUAACAGCACAAAAGAUCUCAAGUUUACAUUUAAUAAUCUAGUACCAUUUACAUUAUAUGAUGUGUUUGUUGCUGCUGAAACAAGUGCUGGAGUGGGUCCAAAGUCAAAUAUAACAAUUUUCACACCUGCAGGAGUUCCAGGACCUGUAUUUGAUUUGCAUGUAGUAGAGGAAGCAGCGACCUUUGUCAGAAUUGCUUGGAAAAAACCACAGCAAUCAAAUGGAAUCAUCACUCAGUACCGAGUUAAAGUUUCACAUGAGGAAGCAGAGGAGAUCCUUGAAGAUACAAUUCUAACAGAGAAAAUUAAGGAUUUUACUGAAUCUGGGGAUACAGAUAUGAUAAAAGAAUAUGCAUUAUCUUCCUCACUGAAUAAAAUAAAAACAGUGACCAGUUUAUAUGAAGGUUCAGCUGAAAUCUUCCCAAGAGUACAUGAAUUUUCUCCAGUAAAAUACACUGUUGAUAAUUUUCCUGUUGAUAAUUUUCUAACUUUAAAUGAUGAGGCGGAACUAUAUUUAAAUUCUGAAUAUGAAACAUUUGAUACCAUCAAUCUUUCAGUUGAGCAGCUGUCAUAUCGUGUAAAUGGACUCCAGCCUUUCACUAAAUAUGCAAUUGCUGUGUCUGCUUUUACCAUCAUUGGAGAAGGACCACCAGCUAUUCUCAUUUCUAAGACAAGUGAACAAGUUCCAAGUUCUGUGGAAAAUAUAAAUUAUAAAAAUAUUAGUUCAUCUUCAAUUUUGCUCUUUUGGGAUAAACCAUUAAAUCCCAAUGGAAAAAUCACACAUUACACAGUUUAUGCCAUGGAGGUGGAUACCAACAGAGCUUUUCAACUGACUACAUCAGAAAAACACAUAUUGAUUACAGACUUAAAAAAGUACACAGAUUAUAAAAUGAGGGUAACAGCUUCCACAACUGUUGGAGAAAGUGCACUUUCUGAAGACAAUGAUAUUUUUAUAAGAACACUUGAAGAUGAACCCAGUUCACCACCUCAGAAUGUUGAGGCAUUAGAAGUGACUGCCUCAGAAGUCAACUUAAGGUGGUUACCACCUGAAAUGCCUAAUGGGAUGAUAACUCAUUAUGAAAUCAUGUCUGAUAAUGGCAGUAUUUUAAUAAUUAAAAAUGCUACAACAACACAUCUUAUUUUAAAUGAGUUGAACCCAUACACUUUGUAUAACAUUUCGGUAAGAGCAUUCACUCGCCUCGGUCAUGGGAAUCAGUCAUCUGACCCAUUAUCUGUAAGAACAGCUGAAACUGUACCUGACUUUCCACCCCAAAAUAUAACUUACAGGAACAUGUCUUCUUCAGCAAUAGAGUUAUCAUAUUUUCCUCCAUCUGUCCCCAAUGGCAUUAUAAAGACAUACACUAUAUAUCUCAGAGUGAUUAAUGGAAGUGAAGUAAGAGUCAUCAACACAACAUAUCUGUCCCUAAAUAUUACAGGCUUAAAAAAAUAUACAAAAUAUCUGGUUGAAGUAUCUUCAAGCACUGUAAAAGGUGAAGGACCUCAGAGUGCACCAUUGGAUAUAAUAACUGAUGAAGAUGCUCCUAGUUCCCCUCCAAGAUUGCUCACAGUAAAACAGUUAGCUGAUGCCAUUGUGGUGUUGUCAUGGCAACCGCCACUUGAGCCAAAUGGAAUUAUCCUUUAUUAUACAGUUUAUAUUUGGAAUAUUAUGUCAAGAAAUAUCAAUGUAUCUGAACCAUCACUAGAAUUAACAGAUUUAGAAUAUAACAAAAAAUACCGUGUUUAUGUAACAGCAAGUACCAGAUUUGGUGAUGGAAAUAUAAAAAGUGACACAACAAGUUUCAGGACCUCUGAAGGAGCUCCAGGUGAUCCACCUAAAAACUUGUGGUAUAAAAAUCUCACUUCAUCGUCAGUAAGAAUAUUCUGGGAUCCUCCUCAAAAACCUAAUGGUGUUAUUCAGUUUUAUUCAGUUUACUACAAAAAUGAUUCUGACACUUAUGUACAGAAUUUUACCACUUCCACAAUUGACACCAGUGCUGAUAAUUCAACUUUAUCGAUAGUAUUAAUCAAUUUAGCAAAAUGGAGACACUACACACUUUGGUUAACUGCAAACACAGCCCUUGGGAAUGGAAAUCAAACUAGUGAAAUAAUGCAACUAUAUACAGACCAAGAUUUACCUGAUGGACCUGUUAAUCAGCUGGCCUAUCAGAACAUUUCUUCCACGGUAGUAAAUGUAAGCUGGAUUCCACCAAUGCGGCCCAAUGGACUCAUCUUCUAUAAUAUUUCAUUAACAAUGAAGGAUACUCAAACAAAUCAUGAGAUUUUGUCGCUUCUUCUAUAUGAUACAAACAUAAUUUUUAAUAAGUUGGAAAAAUAUGCAAACUAUCUUCUAAACAUUACUCCAGCAACAGAAAAAGGGUCAUCGGAAAUGUAUACUUUAAGUUUAUACAUCAGAACUGAAGAAGAUGCUCCAGACUCUGCACCUAUUUUGAAAACUUACAGAAACCUUUCAUCUACCUCAGUGAUGUUAUCUUGGGAUCCUCCAUACCGGCCAAAUGGCAUUAUAAGAGGCUAUGACUUAAAGCUACAAGGGCCAGAAAAAAAUGUUUCUUCCACUACCUCCAAUAAUUCAAUUAUUUUAGAAGACCUUUUGCCAUUUACUUUAUACAGCUUUUUUGCAUCCGCUAGAACUGUAAAAGGGCCUGGUCCAUAUGCUGUUCUUAUGUUCUCUACAGAUGAGUCAGUCCCAUUGGCACCUCCAGAGAAUCUGACAGUUAUCAAUUACACGUACAACUCUGCAUGGCUGAAAUGGGAUCCAAGUCCUAGGCCAAAUGGUGUCAUUAAAAUAUAUGUUUUUAAUAUUUCUGAAAACAAUAAUCAAGCUACUUUUUAUCAGAACAUUUCAGGUUCACACAGUGAAGCUAAUAUACUUGGAUUAGAACCAUUCUCAAUGUAUUCCAUCAGUGUUUCUGCAUUUACAAAAGUUGGAAAUGGCAAUCAAUUUAGUAACCUUGUACAAUUCACAACAAUGGAAUCAGCACCAGAUAUUGUCCAGAAUAUCCAGUGUAUUGCAACCAGUUGGCAGUCAGUCUUACUCCAAUGGGACCCUCCUUUGAAAACAAAUGGAAUAAUUACAAAUUACAUCGUAACAUUUAGAGAGAAUUCAACUAUCUCAUCAUCUCAUAAUGAAACAUUGUGUAUUUUGAGAAACUUGUUAUCCAAUACAACUUACCAGUUUAAAAUAAAAGCUGCAACAGCUGCUGGAAAAGGGAAAGAACAGUUAUGCAAUGCCAGCACAUUUCCAGAAACAGCUCCAAGCACUCCAAGAGAUAUAAUAUUUUCAAAUAUUCAGUCAACAAAUGUGACCUUGAAAUGGAUAAUGCCAGUUACUAUUUUGGGCUACUUUCAAAACUACAAGAUUACUACACAGUUACAAUCCAUCCAUUGCAAUAGUUGGGAUUCUUCUGAAUGUAUUGAAUAUGAGAAGGAGCAACACUCAUAUCUUGCUGAUAAAGUUGCAGAAGAAACAGUAAAUGAUCUGAAAAAAUUUAGAUGGUAUCGAUUUAGUGUUUCUGCUAGUACAAAUGCUGGUUAUGGCAAUUCUACACCUUGGAUUGUCACACAAACUCUUCCUGGCUCUCCAGAUGCUCCUCCAGCGAAUGUAACUGCAGUAGCUACAUCUCCUUACAGUAUUAACAUUAGUUGGAGUGAGCCUACCAUAAUUACUGGACCAACAUUCUAUCUCAUUGAUAUUUCCUCAGUGGAUACAGAUUACUAUCAAGCUUCAUUUGUCAAAGCAAAUUAUGAGGAUAAAACUCAAAGUAUUUCAGGAUUGAGAGCAUUUACAAGGUAUUCCAUAGUAGUCACUGCUUUUGUAGAAGAUGUUCAGACUGCACAUACUGAAGGCAAGUCUAGUACUUCGGUUAUUGUUUCCACUUUUGAAGCAGUGCCCAGGGACCCACUUAACAAUGUAACUUUUCAGAAGAUACCAGAUGAAGUAACAAAAUUUCAGGUGAUGUUUUUACCACCCUCUGAACUCAAUGGGAAUAUUCAAAUAUAUCAAGCUAUGGUAUAUAAAGACGAUGACACAGACAUCUUUCAGAUUUAUAAUUUAAGUAUUAUAGACAGAACAAACAAGUCAAUCACUGCCAUGAUAGAGGGAUUAAAAGGUGGACACACAUAUAAUAUCAGUGUAUAUGCAAUCAAUAGUGCUGGUGCAGGACCAAAGAUUCAACUUAAAAUAACAACAGAUAUUAAAGAACCACCAAGACCUAGUAAGAAGCCAGUGCCAGUUUAUGAUACUAGUGGAACAUUACUUGUCACAGCCACUACAAUUACUAUUCAUAUGCCAGUUUGCUACUAUAAUGAUGAUCAUGGGCCUAUUAAGAAAUUACAAAUUCUUGUUGCAGAAGCAGGAGUUCAGAAUGAUGACAAUGUCACCAAGUGGUAUGAUGCAUAUUUUAAUAAAGCAAGGCCUUAUUUGGUAAAUGAAGGCUUUCCAAAUCCUCCAUGUGUAAAAGGGAGCGAAGGACUGAGCAGCAAAGAAGAUAUUUAUGUAAUAGGGGCUGAUAGCACUUGUAUGAUACCAGGAAGUGAAGAAAAAAUUUGCAAUGGACCACUAAAACCCAAAAAGCAAUAUGUAUUUAAGUUCAGAGCAACAAAUAUCAGAGGUCAAUAUACAGAUUCAGACUAUUCCAAUCCCAUCAAAACUUUAGGUAACGGGCUAUCUGAAAGAGCUGUAGAAAUAAUACUUGCAGUUACUUUAUGUAUACUCUCUAUUGUUCUCCUGGUGGCUGUAAUUUAUGCAUUUGCAAGAAUUCGUCAAAAGCAAAAAGAAGGGGGUACAUAUUCUCCACGGGAUGCAGAAAUUAUUGACACUAAAUUUAAACUGGACCAGUUGAUCACAGUGGCAGACCUGGAUAUGAAGGAUGAAAGAUUUACACGGUUACUUAGUUAUAGAAAAUCCAUCAGGCCAAUAGGCAAGAAAUGUUUUCUGCAACAUGUCGAAGAUCUUUGCACAAAUAACAACAUCAAGUUUCAGGAAGAAUUUUUGGAACUCCCCAAGUUUCUUCCAGAUCUUGCGUUAACUGAUGCCGAUCUUCCUUGGAACAAAUCUAAAAAUCGUUUUCCAAACAUCAAACCAUAUAAUAAUAAUCGAGUGAAGUUAAUGCCUGAUGCUUGUGUACCAGGAUCUGAUUAUAUUAAUGCCAGCUAUGUAUCUGGCUAUGUAUGUCCAAAUGAAUUUAUUGCUACUCAAGGACCAUUACCAGGCACAGUGGGAGAUUUCUGGAGAAUGGUAUGGGAAACAAGAGCAAAAACUGUUGUUAUGCUAACUCAGUGUUAUGAAAAAGGGCGGAUAAGAUGCCAUCAGUAUUGGCCUGAAGAUAACAUUCCAGUUACCGUUUUUGGAGAUAUAGUGAUUACUAAAUUAGUGGAAGAUACUCAAAUAGACUGGACCAUCAGAGAUCUAAAAAUUGAAAAGCAUGGGGAUUGUAUGAUGGUACGUCAGUGUAAUUUUAUUGCCUGGCCUGAACAUGGAGUACCUGAAACAAGUGCAUCAUUAGUCCACUUUGCAAAGCUGGUCCGAGGCAGCCGAUCACAUGACAACACGCCCAUAAUUGUUCACUGCAGUGCUGGAGUUGGAAGAACAGGAGUUUACAUUGCUCUUGACCAUUUAAUACAGCAUAUAAAUGACCAUGAUUUUGUGGAUGUCUAUGGACUUGUAGCUGAACUAAGAAGUGAAAGAAUGUGUAUGGUACAGAAUCUGGCACAGUACAUAUUUUUACAUCAGUGUAUUCUGGACUUGCUGACAAUCAAGAACAACCAGCCUAUAUGUUUUGUUAACUAUUCAGUUUUGCAAAAGAUGGAUUCUUUGGAUGCAAUGGAAGGUGAUGUGGAACUAGAGUGGGAAGAAACUACUAUGUAAAUACACAGAUGAAAAUGCAUUCCAUUUCAGGAAACAUAUGCUUGUGUUCAUGUUGCUGUUGUUUCACAAUAGAGGCCAAAACAUAUCCCCAUCAUACAAAUGAUUAUAAACAAAAAUAUUUUUGUAGCAAAAUAAAAUUAUAAUAGUUGUUUUAUAUUCCAUGUGCCUUCACAAAUAAUAUAAAUUAUUAAAUUAUAAUUUUAUAUUGAGUAAAAUCUGAUUAGUAUAA